GGGCUGUGAGAUGAAGGGCACUUUCAGUGACCUGGAGGUUCUCGGGAUGUUUGUGGGAUGUCUGUGUCACGACUUGGAUCAUCGGGGGUACCAACAACGCCUUCCAGGAAAAGGCCGGCUCUCCUCUAGUUCUGCUCUAUGGAACCACCAACACCAUGGAACACCAUCACUUCAACCAUGCCGUAAUGAUACUUAGUAGUGAGAGUCUCAACAUCUUCUCAUCACUGUCAGCGGAAAGUUUCUCAGCCGUUAUGAAAGUGCUGAAGCACAGCAUCUUAGCCACGGAUCUGUCCACUUACUUCGAACUGAGGCCUAAGUUCUUCUCGUUGGUGGAGGGGCGUCAGUACAGCUGGGAGCAGGAGGAUCAUCGCGAACUGCUUCGCUCCAUGCUGAUGACGGCCUCAGACAUCGCUGCGAGCUCUAAACCAUGGCCCGUGCAGGAGCGAGUGGCUUCGCCUCGUCACAGCAGAGUUCAUGGUGCAGGGCGACAAGGAGCGGACAGAGCUCAACAUCCAACCUCAGGCGCUCAUGGACCGUGAGAGGCAGCACGAGCUCCCCCAACUCCAGAUCAACUGGAUAUCUGACAUCUGUCUACCUCUUUAUCAGUCGCUGGGCCAAAUGAACCCUAAAUUAAGCGGGAUGAUGGAAGGAGCCCAGGACAACAUGAAACACUGGGCCGAGAUGAAUGGCGCCGACCAGACAGCGUGAUCCCCGGCCACUUUUACCCGUCAAGCAAUAUAACAUGCGGCAUACUUCAUCUGUGUACAUAGCUCUAUUCCUAUCCAAAACUGCAAUAAACUCUAUCCCCUCAUAACUAAACUGGAAAAGCUGGAAAUUGAACAAUUUUGAUUCUAGUAGAUCAAAAAGUGUUCAAUUUUAUAAUGCCUAAUAAUUAAGUUUUUAACUAUUUUUUCUGUAAAUAUGUAAUAUAUUUCAGUAAAUUGUAUGUAAGAUCAAUGUACAAUAUUAAUAAAUUUGUUUAACACAAAUUUUAAAAUAGAACAAACCUUGUAUGUAUCAUUGUGAAAAUCAAGUCUUUUGGAGAUUAUUUUAAGUACUAGUUUUGCCCACAAUAGGUUCAAUCGACGCCAAAGCCAUUUUAAAUUUAGUAAAUUCUUAAAUGUUUUAUAUUUUCCACUAUUUUUUACUGAGCAAAUAUUUAAUUAAUUUAGUCUAAUUUGUAGUUAUUAUGCCUAAAUAAGUAUUAGGUUCAAUGACUGUAGGUUAAGGCAUUUUUCAAAGGAUUUUCACUGAGAUGGUGACUUUAAUUUACACCUUCAACUGUCAUUAUACUUACAUGUAGAAGUGAUGUAAAACUUGUAUAUGAAAAAUGUAGUCUAUUUGAUAUAUAACAAGUAACAUAAUGCAAAAUAUAACAUUGAUAUAGUUAACAUUGUUUUUAUAAUAUUUUUUUAUCUGAUUACUUUAAAAUGUAAUUUUUUUAAAAUAAAUUGUUUCAAUACAAAUAUUUUAAACAGCGUACUUUACUAGGAGAAGUAAAUUAUGUAAAGAAUUUGAUGUACUUUGACUAUUCUAACAUUGUAUUGAAAUUAAUUUUACUGAAAUUUUAAGCGUGUUAUUAAUUUCCAAAGGGGUACAGGAUCUUAUACUAAAUUAUAAUAUAAAUAAAUAUACAUUCCUAUUUUAGAUUUUAUAACCUCUAACUGAAUCAUCAUACAAUGAUGAACCUUUUUACGCUUGUAGUAUUUAAAAAAUCGCGUUCACAAAAAAAAUUGUUUGGAGCCGAUUUUUUAUUGAUCCGAGAAACCCAGCAGGAGUUUAUUACAGUCUUCAUAGUUUCCAAAAUCACAUUUACAAACAUACAUUAAAAGUUACAAAUAAAGUUGUAAGGUUUAAUAAAUACCUACAGAUUUAUUGCUAUAUUCAUUAAAAAGUAUAUUUAAAAUAUUAUAUUUAUAUGUUGGUCGUUUUAACACAUAAAUUUUAUCUUUACAAUUAUCACUACAGUUAUAACAUAAAUUUUAUCUUUACAGUUUAUGUUAUAACAUGCAAAUUAUUAUUAUUACGUUAAAUCUAUGCAGUGUACACAGACAGUUGCGUACAGUUCUGCUAUGCGUAUAUAAAAUCAUGUGUUUGUAUAUAUGGCUAUAAUUUGAAUAAGUCAAAUAUAAAAUGGGUUUACCUUAACAAAUUCACACGCAUCUCUUUAAAUUACUAGCUAGAGUGGAACUAAACAAUUAUACCCAAAGUAAUUCGUUAGUUCAACUUAAAGGACGUAAUAGAAUAGAUAUUUCUCGACCAACAGUUAUCUAUAUGCACCAAAUUUCUAGUAAAAAAUGUCCUCUCGUUGCAUUGGUUCUACAUUUUACGAACUUCACUAUCAUUACACUAUAAAAAAUGUUAAUGGAAUGAAUAUAAUAUUUAGAAGUUUUCAAAUCCGUUCUGAAAUAAUACAGGUCCUCUAUAUUGAUAGCCUCUAUUUUGUAUAAUGUUUUAAUGUAAUAAAUGAUAUUUUGUAGUAGGAACAAGUAAGACUGAUUUAAGGCGAACAGCUGCAGAGUGUUUGAUUCAGUGGAUAUUGAAGACAAAAAUAAAGAUAUUUAUACUGA